AGGAAAGAAAACGACGUUUCCAAUGAACAAAUAAUCAACAUUCCAUUAGCUUCUAACCUGGUUGUAUGGUUACCUCCCUUGUCAGGCACGGAGUCCUGCAUCCGUCUAGCAGACGCAGACGGCGACGGGUAUGAUGACGUCAUCAUUGGUCUCGCAUUCGGAAAGGACGUCACCUUCAUGUUGACCGAAAACACCAUGGACCAGUUCUGCAAGGACCAAGGUAUGGAGACUCCGUGUGCCGGUGCUGUCGUCGCUCUUCGGGGCUACGACGGGAAACUGUUGUGGCAGGCCAAGGCCUAUGCUGAAAUCUUUGAGCUCAACUGUCACUCCAUCGACGUGAACAGGGACGGCGUUAACGACUGCAUAGCGACGGGGCGUCUUGGUGACAUCAGAGCUAUCAAUAUCAGAAAUGGUGAGAUUCUCUGGGCCGGCGACGGUAACAACUUUAACCGCGGAUGGAACAUCUACCACUCAGUCGCUCUUCCAGACUUUGAUUACGAUGGUGUACCGGAAAUCGUCAUUGCGCAUGGCGGGGAUCCAACUGUGGCUGCUGAGAUCCAUACCAGACACGCUGGUUGGCUGAUGAUGUUAUCAGGGGCAACAGGGCAACCAAUCGGACGACCGCUAGAAAUGCCCGAGAACAAGGAGACCUACUGCGCACCUGUUGUACACACAUUACGAGACGGAUCCCAGUACAUCUUGUACGGGAGCGGAGGCGAGACAGUGGGAGGUUUGUUUCUGGCUAUAUCGGUCCCUGACUUCUACCGGCAUGUCCUGAAGUACCCUCGUGAUCAGCGCGUGCCCAACGUCCUGGGGGGAUACACACAGUGGGGGGCAAGGAAAGCGGGCGAUGAUGGUGUCAUUGAAAUAUUCAGGUCGCCGGACAAAGGCGUGAUGGUUCCUCCAGUGCUGAUUGACAUGACCGGCGACGGGGUCAAGGACAUUCUCAUGUCGGCCUUUGACGGCACGGUGAUUUUGUUUGACGGCGGGACGUUGGAGAAUCUGUGGAAGAUCAAGUUAGAUGGGCGAGAGUCCUACAGUACACCUGCACCUGGGCAUUUCAAUGACGAUGACGUCAUGGACUUUAUGGUUCAUUGGAGCAAGGGGGCGUGGCCCUACUACAACACAACAGAUACAAUCGUCCUUGACGGCCGUGACGGGUCCGUUCUUUGGAACAUGACCACAAACAAGUAUGACGUCAGUUCAGACUUGGUGGCUCGUACCUCGACCAGGAACAGAGACGUCUUCUUGUUCCGCACCCAGGGGCGAAGAGGCGUUGACACCCGGGGGACCGGCGCCAUACACGGGGCUACAGGGAUACAGAGAGUGAUAAACAGAAGAUCCCUUAAAGGCGACUCUCAGCUUUAUGAACAAGAAGUGCGUUCAGAUUCUCACCUGGACGGAGCUCUACUUCCGGAACAUCACUUCCGGGACAUGCGCUCUGUGGAUGAUGACUACGUUGAGUGUGAAUCUGACCAAACAGUUUACAUCACUGAAUCAUUUGCCAUGGAUAGAACAAUAAUGAAGCGCCCUCUUAAAAUCUGGGAUUUCGGUUCUCAGAAAUAUUAUUACAAACUAACAGAGAAGGACAAACAACUUGUAGAUGAGGUUAUCAAGAAAUAUGGAGAAAAUUUCACAGCGACUGAGAACGAAGUUCCCUGGUCUCGUGGUAAACGAGAUGUCAACGCGACUUCAAAUACUCCCUAUUGUGUUCUAAUCCAGCCAGACGAGAGAACCACGGGAGCGGUUGGGGACGUGGACGGCGACGGCAAACUCGACCUCAUCAUAAACGUCGUGUCUGUUGGCGUUCUUCGCGACGACUACGCCAGAUUUGUGAAGAUGAAGUUCAACGUGGAUAUCUUCAAGGUCACCUUGAAUGAUCUGAUUGACCAGGAGUUGUAUACCCCGAUUAAUGCCACACUGCAUGACAAAAUGAAGAUGUUGAAUAAUGAAAAUUCAAUAACAUCCUUGACGUUUUUGAAAAAAGCGCGUCAAACAUGGGGUGGAUACCUUGGGACGUUUGGGGACAGUAUUUUCAGAGAUGGUGACUGAGAAACUCUGGAUCGAAGUGUUCAGAAGUGACACACCAUUCCUGCAACUUGCAAUGAUCUUGAAAUAGAGAAUUGGUUCUCUGAAUGAAAAGAAGUGGAUGUUCUCUCUACAGAUGUCAGUGUGAGAUAUUACAGUAAACCAGAUAUUGACAAUUUGCAAGUUCUAUUUCUGUCCCCGUACGAAGUCAAAUAUAUGUUAUUAAACAGUGAAAUGUGCACAUAUUUUCAUAAAUAAAUCCGCUCUGAGAUCAUCACACACAUUGUUAUAUGUUUCAUCUACAUGUACAGUAUGAUCACAUCCCCAAAUUUCUUCGUUUAAGAGAUGCGAACAUGGAUUCCCCGACUACACUGCCGUUUGAACUGUGGGGCAAAUGAGAAUAUACACUUGAAAAUUGGAUUUGACCAAACGAUUACAAGAGGAUCAUUAGACAAAUAAAUUUGUGCAACAGUGCACAACAAAAAAAUAUCAUGAAGAGCCUCCACGUUUAUUAUUAUUGUCCAAGGGCGUAAGUUUCGGCCCUCGGAUGGUAGCUCAGGGUGAUGACGGAAGACAAAACUCAGGGGUGAAGUUUGGACGACAGCAGCCAUAUUUAUUGUUGAUGGUUUGGAAUAAGUCGAAAAGGUACAUGUUGAUGAUAACGUGACAGAACGCACCCCGGGACCGAGUGGCCAAUCUUCCCGGGUGGGAGAACCGUUCUGUCGCUUACCUUCUGGCUCUUCUCUAGGCUGUCCCCCUGACUGACCAUGUCAGUCGGGUUUUGUAGAGCGAGGUAUUACGUAACGUGUGGCAAGGUCAUUGUCCCCUUUUUAACAUUUUCAUCAACGACUUCAUCACCCGUAUCAAUCAGCUUUCACUUGGUGUCCAAAUCAAUGAAGAAUAUGUAAAUGUUCUUGCCUACGCAGAUGACGUCGUCCUUCUAGCCGAGAAUGAGAACAACCUGAACUUGAUGUUGGACUGUUUAAACUCGUGGUGUUUAGAGAACAAGAUGACAGUGAAUCAAGCCAAAUCCAAGGUUAUCCACUUCCGGAAUCCUGCAACUCUUAAGACAGAAUCUACUUUUCUAUGUGGGGAUAUUGAACUGGAAGUAUCAGACAGUUACACCUAUCUUGGACUCUUUCUGACUGAAUUUUUAGACUAUAGACGGAUGGGCAAGGUGGCAGCAAGUUCAGCAAGCCGAGCACUUGGACUCCUCAUAUCUAAGUACAAAGUGAUGGGAGGAAUGAGAUACCAGACGUACACUAAACUCUACGACUCUAUGGUCUGGUUUAUAGUUGAGUAUGGAGCUGCAAUCUGGGGUCAGUACAACGUGCCAGCUGUCAAUGCCUUACAUAAUCGAGCCAUGCGGUUCUAUAUGGGACUCAACAAAUACGCGCCAAAUGCAGCUCUGGUUGGUGAUAUGGGAUGGACUCCACCAUGUGUGAGACAAUGGAAAAGCGUUACGAAGUUGUAUAAACGUCUUAGUUCCAUACACACUGAACGGUCCUUAUCUAAAGUUUUUAUCUGGAGCAACACCCAAGCAGAACGUCGCAAGCGAAACUGGAACAAACGAGUACAUGAUAAGUUGAGGAGUAUGAACCUAGAACAUUUUAUCUCUCUUAGCAACAAUUUCCACACCUGUUUUAUCACAUCUGAAAUAUGUGCCAAAAUCCAGGAGAGUUUUAGAGCCAGUUGGCAAACUGAUGUACAGAGAACUCACAGCAGGAGUAGUGUGGGAGGAAACAAGUUGAGACUGUACAGACAUUUUAAGAGUGGUAUUUGUGUUGAAACAUAUAUUUUGAACUCGAUUCCCAGGAGUAAUAGAAGUGCCUUAGCCAAAUUCAGAAACGGAGUAGCCCCAAUAAACAUAGAGACUGGGCGAUACACAAAUACACCGGUGGAGGAGAGAACGUGUUUUUACUGUAAGGAUGAAGUUGAGGAUGAAAUCCAUGUUUUAUUACACUGUCCCCUUUAUAAUGAUAUACGUUCUACCCUCUUAAGUAUAUGUGUGGAUAAAUGUUGUACUUUUAAUGAUUUUACAGAUGUACAGAAAGUUAGUUUCAUCUUAGCUCAUCCGGAUGUUGUUUUUUAUUCCGCAAAAACCUGCAAACUUUUAAUACAGAAGCGGAAACAAGUUUUAUACUGUAAUCGGUAAAGGUUUUAUUUUGUGUAUAUUUUAUGAUAUUUCAAUGGUAUAUUCUCUAUGUUCUUAGUUUUGUAGUGAUAACCUUUUAUGUGUAUAUAGUUUUAUGUUUUGUGCAGUUUUAGUUCAUAUAUAGUCUCUCGUAACCCUUAAAGGGUGGCUCACUUUUUAUUGUAUUUUGUAUAGCAUAUUUUUACCCUGUACUUGUGAGGUGAGACUUAAAUAAAUUAUCUGUCUGUC